AUGGACCUCGGCCCUGACCCUCCACCUCUAGACCACGAAGACAUCAUUCGCCUUUUGUUGGAGCGGAUGACGGACUGGAAGCUCCCGCGUGGCUGUAUUAACGACGCUGCUGCGCACUUCGGCUGCACACGGCAGACAGUAAGCUCCGUGUUCCACGCCCGGGACGAGAAGCCGUGCGAAAGCGCCAGAGGCAUAGCCCGAGUGUGGACUCCUGACGCCAUUCAGGAGGCGCUGGAGACCGUACCUGCCAUCGAGAGGACAUCCUACAUAGCUUUGGCAGCUGCCACUGGGAUUCCUAGAACCACCCUCGCGCGUGCGAAGGGGAACAAGGACGGCAUUCGUCGAGCUACGGGGUCUGUGAAGUCAUACCUGACGUCUGAUCAAAUGCGCCAGCGCAUCGAGUUUGCACUUUCAUUUGUGGGGGAAGGUGCUGCUGGAACGUACAGGUUCAACUAUAUGAAUGACACAAUUCAUAUUGACGAAAAGUGGUUUUUACAUUUCUAA